AAAUGCCACAAUUUGUUAUGAAAAUCAGAUUUGAAUAACAAAUAAAAUUUCUAUUAGAGUUUUUCAAAAGAUUCUUAAUUGUCCUUAUUAUUGAAAUAUUUUUUUUGAUAUUUGAAACUUUGGAAGGAUUCUAAUUUGUUAAUCGAAAAUAUGAAGUGUUUGGAUUUAAGAAUCCUUUACAAAAUUCUAUUAGUAGAUUAUCUAUUGCUUUCAGAAUUAGAUUCUAUUGCUAGACUAAUUUUAAAAAACUAAAAACUAAUAAUAUUUUAAUUAACGCUUAAAAAAUCCCUUAAGUAAAAAAGAAGAAUGCAUUAUAAAUAGAAAGAAUUACUAUUAUUAAGAUUAUAUAAAUUAACUAAUAAGAUCCCUAAUAAUUAGAAUUAGAAAAUUAAAUUAAGAAUAGAAAUUUAGAAAAAUUAGAAAAACUUUUAGCAUAUUUUGGAACUUUUGGAUUUUUUGGAAAUUUCAGAACUUUUUUAGAUUACUUAAUGUUUUGGAAAAAUAUGAUUUGGAAUUUAAACUCUUAUUAAAUUGGUUUGUUUUUGCCUAUGUUAUGAUUAUGACUUGAAAUAAAGUGAAGUUUUAUAUUAGGUAUUAAGGGAUUAUGUUGUAAAAUAUUGAAAAAAGUGUUUUCUUUUUGAUAUUUUAUGAUAUAAUAAAUUAGUAUGUAGUAUAAUUCAUGAAAUUUAUGAAGUUGAAUCAAUGAAUAUUAUGACCCUGCAAUUUUAGUUAGUUGUUUUAUGUAUGAAUUUUAAAC